CCUGAGUCAGACCAUAAUCAUUUAUUCCGUGUGCAACUUUUUUUUAUCCUCACAUGUAGGGAAAUAAUCUUCAUGCUUUAUCCAUAUAGACCCACCCCAUAAUAUAUACUUGCUCCUCCCUUCCCUCAAUUACCUCAUUACCUCAGCACCGUUAUCCACAACAACAACAGGGGAAAUGGUGGUGGGCGAGUUCACUAGUGUUGGUUUGAGAGCAAUGAAGACAUCCUUCAGCUACCAUGUUCUCACCGGUCGUUGGUUCAUGCUAUUUGCAUCCUUACUAGUCAUGGCCGUUGCUGGAGCAACCUACAUGUUUGGCAUAUACUCCAACGAGGUGAAAACCUCUUUGGGCUAUGACCAGUCCACACUCAACUUGCUAAGCUUCUUCAAAGACCUCGGUGCCAACGUUGGUGUCAUAUCGGGGUUGAUCAACGAAAUAACUCCACCUUGGGUGGUUCUCUCAAUUGGGGUCAUCAUGAACUUCUUUGGCUACUUCAUGAUAUAUCUUGCUGUCACUGGCCGCAUUGCCAAACCCCAAGUUUGGCAAAUGUGUCUCUACAUUUGCAUAGGUGCAAAUUCUCAAACUUUUGCCAACACAGGUGCUUUAGUCACGUGUGUCAAGAACUUCCCAGGAAGCCGGGGUAGUAUUCUAGGCCUAUUAAAAGGUUAUGUUGGUCUAAGUGGUGCCAUCAUCACACAACUCUACCAUGCCUUCUAUGGUGAUCAAAAUCCCCAAGCUCUUAUUUUGCUCAUUGCUUGGCUCCCCGCAGCGGUUUCCUUCCUUUUCCUUCCAACAAUUCGGAUAUUGAACACUUUACAACAACCUAAGGAGAACAAAGUUUUCUACAACCUUCUAUAUAUUUCACUUGGCCUUGCUGGGUUUCUCAUGGUUUUGAUUGUUAUUCAAAACAAGCUCAGUUUUUCAAGGAUUGAGUACAUAGCCGAUGGCCUUGUGGUUCUUUUCUUUCUUCUUCUCCCACUUGUUGUGGUUUUUAGAGAGGAAUUCAACCGUUGGAAGCAAGGAAAAGUGACCGAUUCAGUACCCCAAUUGAAAGUAGUCACUCAAGUUCCACCUCCAAACGUGGCAUCAACCUCUACCACAAGCUCACACGAGAAAAAUUCUUGUUUGGGGAGCAUACUCAAACCCCCAAAUAGAGGAGAAGACUACACCAUUUUGCAAGCCUUGUUUAGUAUUGACAUGCUAAUUCUUUUCAUUGCAACAACUUUUGGUGUUGGUGGAACAUUAACGGCCAUAGACAACCUAGGACAAAUUGGACACUCCUUGGGAUACCCAAGUAAGAGCACUACAACCUUUGUUUCCUUAGUGAGCAUAUGGAACUACUUGGGACGAGUAGUGUCUGGCUAUGUCUCCGAAAUUUUCUUAACCAAAUACAAAUUCCCUCGUCCCUACAUGCUCACUCUAGUCAUGCUUCUCUCUUGCGUUGGCCAUAUUCUAAUUGCCCUUGGUGUUCCAAACUCUCUCUAUUUCGCUUCAGUGAUUAUUGGGUUUUGUUUUGGAGCUCAAUGGCCAUUAGUAUUUGCAAUCAUAUCAGAAAUCUUUGGGCUCAAAUACUACUCCACGUUGUACAAUUUGGGAGCGGCGGCAAGUCCCGUUGGGUCUUACAUUCUAAACGUGAAAGUAACUGGUUCUUUGUAUGAUAAAGAGGCUUUGAAACAAUUGAAGGUCAAAGGGCUCACAAGACAAGCUGGGAAGGACUUGACUUGUGUGGGAGUGCAAUGUUAUAGAAUGGCUUUUAUCAUAAUCACGGCUUCAACGCUGAUUGGUUGUUUUGUUUCGUUCAUUUUGGUGCUAAGGACAAGAAAAUUUUACCAAAGUGAUAUCUAUAGCAAGUUCAGGGCUGAACUUGAAACAGCAGAGAAUGAGACGGUGAUUACCAAAAGUGGUAAUGUUCUGUUUGAAACUGAAGGACACGCUACCACGAGCGGCUCAGAGGAUCAUGCUAGAAACACUGCAAAGUGAAGUUUGUUUAAUUAAGGUUUAGCUACAAUUAAUUAAUGCCUGGAUUUUUCUUGGACAUUAAUUAAGUUCGAUACUGUAGAAUUAUUGAUAUAUAUAUAGAUAGUAGUUGCUUGUGUCACUCGGCGAAAAUAUUUCUUUUUUGAAAUGAAAAUGCUGCAUGCGUUUAGGUGUUUGAUUCAAUUUUGGAAUUUCAGUAUUUGAGAGAGUGCUGUUUUUAGGCUGUUUUUCAUUAUACUUUGUUUUACAAGCAUUAAAAAGCAUCAAUUUUUAAUGUUAUC